GCCAAUAGUUAACAAGGAAAUACCAGGUGAUUUCCUAUAUAUAUUCGUCACCAUCAACUCACCGCUCGUUUCUUCUCUUUUUUCUAUUUCUUCUCUCCUAAGUUUCUUGAUUUUCUUGUAUUCUGGGUUCGAGCUCUGAACGGCGAUCGUUAAUUUCUAAGCCUUCCACUAAGAAAUUAACAAGGUCGAUUCUGUUGUUUUCGCGGUAUAAGUCCACUAGUUCUUUCGUCCACGAGGAAUAAGGAGAGGAGAUUUGCUUGUUUCGGUUUAUUCUUCCUGAUUCAUUGAGAAGCCGUCUGCAAGCACUUUGGCGCUAAAGUUUUAACCAGUUCAAGGUGAUUCUCAAUUCUUGCUUUAUGUUCGAUUCAAGGUGACUCGAGUCUAGGGUUUUGUUCCGUUCAAGGUGACUCUGGGGUUUUGUUGGAUUCAAGGUGACUCUCAAGAACAGGGUUUUGUUCAAUUCAAGUUUGCGUCGUGCGGUACAUAGAGGAAGAACGAGAUUUCUUGAAUUCUUUGUUGUAAAAUUUGGAAUUAUUCUUGCGAUAUUUGAGCUUUUGAUGUCUGUAUUUGGGAUACUGUUUUUCUUAUUGUAAUUUGGAGAUAUUUCAUUGUUCUUUUUAUCUGUUAUCCUGACUUAACAUAUUGAGAUCUCUCCUGAUUAUCAAAUACGAGAAAGAAUUGUCACAUUUUUAAAGAUUAAUAUAAAUAGAAGAAAAAAGUAAACGAAUUUUACCAAGAAACGGAAGAAAGAACGGCUUUCGCUGAAAAAAAAGAAGAAAUAUUUACCAAAAAAAAGAAAGAAAAGGUUUUUCCAAAGAAAAGAAAUUGACUAAAAAAAUAAGAAAUAACGGUAUUCAUUGUACUUACCUGAAUUGCGCUGAAGAAAAAUAUUAGUUUAAUAAUAUUUCUAGAAGGGAGAAGAUGGGUGUUUCUUCGGCCACCAAGGAAUCAAGGAUGGGACUGACGGAGCCAAUAUCUACUGCGGGUCCAACUGAGCUCGAUCGGACUAGAAAUUAUGAACUGGAAAAGUUUCUGGAAAAUGUGGGAUCGUAUGAAAGUGUGGAAGAGACUGCUAGAAGGGAGGAGGUCAUGGGAAGGAUGAACCAGAUUGUGAAAGAUUGGGUGAAAGAGAUCUGCAUCAACAAGGAAUUUAAUGAGCAGCUGGUUGAGGAAGCUAAUGCGAAGAUUUUUACCUUUGGCUCUUACCGAUUGGGAGUUCAUGGUCCUGGGGCAGAUAUUGAUAUGCUAUGCAUAGGGCCCAGAUAUGUCACUCGAAAUGAAGAUUUUUUUGGCAAUCUAUAUGGGAUUCUUGCAAAAAUGCCUGAAGUAGAAGAAUUGCACCCUGUGCCUGAUGCUCAUGUUCCUGUAAUGAAUAUUAAGUUCAACGGCAUUUCUAUUGAUCUCCUUUAUGCAAAACUGGAGCUCUGGACUAUUCCUGAAGACUUGGAUAUUUCUUAUGAUUCAAUACUACGAAAUGUGGAUGAGCAGACAAUACGCAGCCUUAAUGGAUGCAGGGUCACUGACCAGAUUUUGCGAUUGGUUCCAAACAUUCAGAAUUUCCGUACUACCUUGAGAUGUGUGAAGUUUUGGGCAAAGCAGCGUGGAAUUUAUUCUAAUGUCAUAGGAUUUCUUGGUGGAAUAAAUUGGGCAUUGCUAGUUGCUCGUGUCUGCCAACUCUACCCAAAUGCACUUCCCAGUGUUUUGAUUUCCAAGUUCUUCAAAGUCUUCUCACAAUGGCGGUGGCCUAAUCCAGUCAUGCUGUGCCCUAUACAAGAAGGAAGCCUCAGUCAUAAAGUUUGGGAUCCAACAAGAAAUCUCCAGGACAGGAAACAUUUAAUGCCGAUAAUAACUCCUGCGUAUCCAUGCAUGAACUCGAGUUACAAUGUAUCAUCAAGCACGUUUGGCAUCAUGCAAAAAGAAUUUCAGAGGGGCAAUGAAAUUUGUGAGGCUCUGGCAGCAAAGGAAACUUGUUGGACUACUCUCUUUGAGCCUUUCCCUUUUUUUGAAGCAUUCAAGAAUUAUCUGCAUAUAGACGUGACUGCCAGGAACGAUGAUGACUUAAAGAUCUGGAAAGGCUGGGUUGAAUCUCGGCUUCGUUUAUUAAUUCUAAAGAUUGAGAGGAACACAUGUGCAACGCUUCAAUGCUGUCCUCACCCGGGCAACUUCUCAGACAAAUCAAGGUCAUUCAACAGUUCUUACUUCAUGGGUAUAAGGAGACAAGAAACUUCUGUUCAGGAAGGUCAAUAUUUUGACUUAAGGUUAACCAUUGAGGAAUUUAAGCACUGUCUGCGAACUUUUACCUUAUGGAAACCUGGAAUGGGGAUCACAAUAAGUCACACAACACGCAGAAACAUCCCUGAUUUUGUCUUCCCUGGUGGGGUGCAGCCAAUAAAUAAGACCAAAAAGGUUUAUGGGGCUGCUAAUGGGAAGAAAAGAAAGCGUGAUGAAGGUAGUACCAGCUGUAAUUUGAGAAAAUCUGACUUUGCAACAAAAAAUGAAGAUGCAAAAUUGGUAGAAGAGGCUAUACCAAGAGGGGGAUGUGAAGUUAAUGGAAAUGGCUACUUGGAUAUUGCUCAUGGUGUUCCUGUAGAACAUCUCAAAGUUGGUAGUUCUUCUGCUGAAUGCCUGACCUCGAUGAGCGCUUUAUCUGGUUCAUCUGAAGCAGAGAAGAUUUUGCUUACUUGCCAGCAAGCUUCCUCUAAAGAAGUUGAGAAGGUGAAAGAUGAUGCAGGAUCAAGAACUCAAGUCCAGAAUUUUGCUACAAGCUGUACAGUGGAUUUGUCGGAGUCAUUGACUAGAACGUUAGAAGGAACUGCAGAGAAAGGAGCCAGCCUAUGCUCUAAUAUUUUGAAGAACACAGAACCAGAGGAACUUGAGUCUACUCAACAACCGAAGUCUGCUGCAUGCGUAACUGCAAAAAAGCCUGUCAUCAGGUUUAAUUUCACUUUGGUGAGAGCUGCUUGAAAUUCAUUUUCCUCCAUCUGUUGGACUGACUGUACUAAGCUGAAAUUAGGUUAGAGCUUAGGGCUUAACAAGAGCUCUUUUUGCUCCUGUAGAGCAGUUAUUUGGAAGUAAGGGCAGUUAUUGUAACUCAUAAAUAUGUAAAGAACAGUGUAUAUAAUUUUUUGCCAAUAAAUAAUGUAAAAAAUUAUAUUUUCUUAAUCUUUUAUGCAGGGAUAUACUUGCAU